AUGAGAACAACUUAGAAAAUAAAAGAAUAAGAUACUAUACUGAAUUUAAAAAAUUAACUGAAAAAUAAUGGAUUAAAUAGAUUGUAGAAAUCCGAAAUUUUGAAUAACAUAGGAUCAUAAUAUUAUAAUUAGACUUAAUAUAAAAAAUCAAUAGAAUAUUAUUUAUAAGUUUUAAGAUUAUUGCCAGGGGAAAAGCAAUUGAAUACCCAAGAAUAGGAACAAAAAUUAAUAGCAUAUAGGUAUAUAAGUGAAAAUUACAGGAAGUUACAUAAAUACAAAAAAGGACUAGAGUACUGCGAAAAUCAUUAAGAAUUAAGUGAAUUAUUUAAAAAUGAAUUAGAAAUCUAAAGAUCUUAUUGCAGUUUUGGAUAAAUAUAUAUGGACUAGGCUGAAUAUUGUUUAGAAAAAAACAGAUGUAUAUCUGAAAAUUUUGAAAAAACAAUAGAUUUAUCAAUAGGUUAUUUUGUCAAAAGCUAAACAUAAAUAAAAAAGUUAAUUGAUGCAAAUGCCAAAAAAAAUUACAAUGCACUUAAUACAUAGAAUAAUUUUUCUUUAUAUGACUUAAAGUAAAAAUAUGCAGAGAGUUUACUUAAUUAAGCAGGUGCUUUAUUUGUAAAAGGAAAGUGGGAUAGUAUUUAUUACGACGAAUCUAUAAAUAAACUAAAAGAAACAUUAAAAGAGGCUGAUUAAAUUUAAGAUGCAAUUAUUAAAGGAAAGUGCUACAAUACUUUAGGUUUAAUUUAUUUAUAAAAGAAGGAAUAUGAAAAAGCAAUAAAAUAGUUUAUAAAAGAUGCAGAUAUAUGUCGCCAAUAAAAUGAUGUGUCUGGUUUAAUUGAUGAUUAUAUGAAUUUAGGAAUAGUUAAUUAGUGUUUAAUAAAAUAUGAAGAAGCAUAAACAUAUUACAAAAAAGCUUUAAAUUUAUCAAAAGAAAAUUAAUUUGAUUAAAAAAAAUAAGAACUUAAUGAGAAAUUAGAUGAUUUAAAAAAAGAAGAAGAGUUAAGAAAGGAAUGUGCAGAAAUCGAAAAAAAAUUAAAAAGGGAAACCAAUUCCAGUAGGAAUGAAAACUAUUAAUAAAAAUAAAUGGAAUAUAUCGAUAUACUUUUAAAUUUAGAAGAAUAUCAAAAAAUUAUCGAUUAUACUUCUUCUGUUCUAUAAAGAGAUUAAAAUAAUAUAAAAAUGUUAGUCAACAAAGCAAUUGCAGAAGAAAAACUCAAAAAGUUUUUAGAAUCUAAGAUUUCAUAUGAAAAAGCUAUUUUGUUUUAUCGAAAGGUUGAUAAAUAAACAGCUGAUUAUGCAAACUGCUUAAUUGAGUAUGCAAAUGUACUUGAUGAACUUAAGAGUUAAGUAGAUUUAAUUGUAUAAAAUUAUUAAGAAGCUUAUUAGAUAGCUCUUAAAUUAGAAGAUAUUUACAUAUAAAAGGUAGUUCUUGAAAAUUUAGAUAUCCUUUAUGAAGCAAAAAAAAUGAAAAAAUAAAGAAUUUAAAAUAAAAAACUCAUCCACAAAUUAAUAAAAUAACACCCAGAAUUAAAAGAAGAAGAUCAAUCUUAAAGUUAAGAUUCAUCAGAUUCUGAAUCUUUAGACUGCAACCAGGAUGAAGAUAAUGAUAAUGAUGAGAUUAUUUUAAGCUAAAAAAAUGUUUAUAGAAAUAAUUCAAUAAAAAUGAAAAAUUCUUCAACUCAAAGAUAAAUGGAAAAGCCUAAUUAAAAAAUAAAUAAAUCGAAUGAGAAUAAAUAGUAUAACGAAAUGGAGGUUGAAGAUGAUUAUGAAAAUUAAAAUAUUUCAUUAAGAAAAAAGAAAAACUUUUCAAAGAUAUUGGAAGAUGUUAGCGAUGGUAUUUAUUCAGAAGAAGAAGACAUUAGUAAAUAGCAAGAGGAGUUAAAAAAUUCAUAAACAAAUAUUAAAAUAAAUAAAAAUUUUUUUAAAUAAGGAAAUAGUUCUGAAGAUAAAAUUAACAAAAAUUAGGGAAAAUAAUAUUAAUUAGAUUAAAAUUCGUCUUCUAUAAAAAAUAGUAAUAACUAGGUAGGUACGAAUCAUAAAUUUGAUAAUAUAAAAUAAGAUAUAUUAGAGAGAUAUAAUAAGAAGUGCUAGAAAUAUUUUGUUUCAAAAGAUGAUAACAUACUCAAAAUACUAGAAUAAACAAACGACUUGAACUUAAAAAAGUAGUAUUAUACUGAUAUUAAACUAUCACCCUUUUUUAAAACAAUAAGAAAUAUAGAAAAUUUAUAAAUUCUUGAUUUAUCUUACAAUUUGCUAACAAAUAUUUCUUUAAAAUAGUUAAAUUUUUCAAAAUAUAAUAAAAAUCUGACAAAGUUAAAUUUGGCUUACAAUUUCUUUUUUUAUGAUGAAAAAUUUAAUUAAAUACUCUACUAAUGCUAAGAUCUUUAAAAUUUGACAAGCUUAAAUAUAUCUGGGUUAAGAAUAUAGCCAAGCUAUUAUGAAUAGAUUUGGAACUAAAUUAUUGAAAUUAAAACACUCAAAAUCUUUAAAUUCAAAAAUUCUGAAUUAAAUGGAAUACCAAAGUUUCUUUAAAGUAAAUUGGAAUAAAGCUAAAUAGAAGCUUUGAUCCUCAAAAAUAAUAAUAUAGAUCCUGAGAGUAUGGAUUCUUUGACUCUAACAGAGCAAUUUAGAGAGGGUUUUAAAUUAUUUUUUUGA